AUGAAACAGUUCCUUCUCCUCCUGGGCAUCCUCUCUCUGCUAUCGCUAGGGUCUGCAGACACCAUAGCGUUCAACUGCAAUAGCAACCAAGUUGGCGGCGCAAAAUGCAAGAACUGGGGCACGACAUUCACCUGGGACCGACCCUCCAACAGAACCUCCGAGCAACGCACCCGGGGAGCCGGCUGCGGACGACCCAACCGAUGCAGUCGACCCCCCUACGGCAGCGGCUACCAGUGCGACGAGUACCCCUUCAAGUCCGUGAGGGAGUCAGACCGCGGCAACCAGGUCAAUCGUUGCGUUGCAGCACGGCAGAAUAACGCCCAAGGCCAAGCCCUCCGGAACUUCUACUACUCGCGAGGCGAGUUCCGGAACAGAGGCUGCCAUAACCAACCGCCUUGUCGGCUCAGUGUCGCCUUUAGCAAUGCCAGUCGGCUGGGGUAUUGUCAGAGUCGCCCGAAUUGUAGGAACGAUGGGAAUGAGUACACGAGGAGUGGGCCGGCGAGGAGGGAUGAGGUGCAGGAAAGUGAGUUCUUUCGGUUGGCCAGUGGGACGGUUCUCUUUGCUCCUGGGGGGGCGAGGAUUGGGGAUGUGGUGUAUCAUGUUUCGUUUCGGAAUGAGACGCUCUUGGAGGAGAGGGAUGUAGUAGAUGGGGAGAAUGAUGAUGAUGAUGAUGCAGUGGUGGAGAAUAUGCAGGUGGACGAGGAUCCGAUUGUUGCGGUGGUGGAGGGGUGGAUGGAUGAGAAUGAGGGUUUUUGA